AUGGCCCACGUUCACGAUGCCGGUGUCAAGCAGCAGCUUGUUGACAAGGUGCCCAAGCGCUUUCGCGGCAUCAAGUUUGGCAUCCAGUCCAACCAGGACAUCUCCAACCAGGCCGUGACCGAAAUCUCGAACCGACUGCUCUACGACAUUGAAAAUAACCGUGCUCCCUACCAGAAUGGACCCCUCGAUUACCAGCUCGGCACCUCGAGCAAGACGGGCAAAUGCGCCACUUGCAACGAAACCCUGCAAAACUGCAACGGCCACUUUGGAUACGUCAGGCUUCCGCUGCCCGUCUUCCACGUGGGCUACCUGCGCUUCAUCAUCUCCAUCCUGCAAGAGAUUUGCAAAGACUGCGGUCGUGUCCUGCUCGAGGAGCCGCAUCGCCGGCAGUUCCUCUCGGAGCUCCGCCGGCCGUUCAUCGACAAUUUGCGACGCACACAGAUUUGCAAAAAAAUCAAUGAACAAUGCAGAAAAACUAAAAACUGCCCGUACUGCGGCUCUGUCAACGGACAGAUUCGCAAGUUUGGCGUCCUGAAGCUGGUUCACGACAAGUUCUCCUCGUACAACAAGUCCACGGCCAUCAAAAAGGUCCCCCCCGAGAGCAAGGUUCUCUUCGAUACGUCUUUUACCCAGGCGAAGCGCGAGAAUCCAGAACUCGAAAAGCAUCUCCGCAAGGCCAUGGAGGAUCUCAAUCCUCUGCGGGUCCUGAACCUCUUCAAGCUGAUUACUGCUACCGACUGCGAGCUGCUCGGUCUCAACGCCACCGAGGGCCGGCCGGAAAUGUUCAUAUGGCAGUUUCUGCCUGCGCCGCCCGUCUGUAUCAGACCAUCCGUCGCACAAGACAAUGCCAGUAACGAAGACGACAUCACCACAAAACUCGCCGAUAUCGUCUGGGUCAGUGGCAUGAUUCGAUCGGCGCUGCAAAAGGGAUCUGCCAUUCAGACAAUCAUGGAGCAAUGGGAGUAUCUGCAGACUCAAAUUGCCAUGUACGUCAACAGUGAUGUCCCUGGCCUGCAGCAACCUGGGUUCGGCAAAGCUAUGCGAGGAUUCUGCCAGCGUCUCAAGGGUAAACAGGGUCGAUUCCGUGGUAACCUGUCUGGUAAACGCGUCGACUUUUCUGGUCGAACUGUCAUUUCUCCCGACCCUAACCUGGGUAUCGAUGAGGUCGCCAUUCCCCAGCUUGUCGCCAAGAACCUUACAUACCCCGAAAGAGCCCAACGCCAAAACAUGGCCAAGCUCCGACAAUGCGUCAAGAAUGGUCCGGAUGUCUGGCCAGGAGCACAGAGCGUCAUCAAGAUGGACGAAGGCGGCUACAAGAUCAAUCUCAAGUUUGGUAAUAGAAAUAUGGUUGCUCGAGAUUUGCGUAUCGGCGAUGUUGUCGAGCGUCACAUUGAAGACGGCGACAUUGUACUCUUCAACCGUCAGCCCUCACUACACAAGCUCAGUAUCAUGAGCCAUCUUGUCAAGGUUCGCCCUUGGAGAACGUUCAGACUCAACGAAUGUGUGUGCAACCCUUACAACGCCGAUUUCGACGGUGACGAAAUGAACCUUCACGUCCCGCAGACAGAAGAAGCUCGCACUGAGGCUAUUACUCUGAUGGGUGUCAGACACAAUCUCACAACCCCCAAGGAUGGCGCCCCUAUUAUCGGAGCUACACAGGAUUUCAUCACAGCUGCCUUUCUGCUCAGCAGUAAAGACAGAUUCUUCGAUCGCAAGACCUUUACAUAUAUGUGCAUGCAUAUGCUGGACAGCCAAACACGCCUUGAUCUCCCCCCUCCUACCAUUAUUGCUCCUGUCGCGCUGUGGACCGGAAAGCAGCUCUUCAAUGUCAUGAUGCGACCAAACAAGGAAUGCGAUAUCAGAAUUAAUUUCGAGUCCAAGUGCAAAACGUUCUCUGGAAAGUCCAAGAAUAUACCCGACAUGGACCCCAACGAUGGCUGGCUCGUCGUCCGCAACUCUGAAGUCAUGUGCGGUGUCAUGGACAAGGCGACAGUCGGAACCGGAAAGAAGGAUUCCGUCUUUUAUGUCAUGAUGCGUGAUUUCGGAGCCGACCACGCCGCGACUGCCAUGAAUCGCCUGGCCCGACUGUGCGCCAGAACUCUCACAAACCGAGGGUUCUCUAUCGGUGUCGGCGACGUCUGCCCCACUGCAAGCCUUACCGCAGAGACGGAGCGUCUCGUGUCGAUUGCGUACAAACAGAGCGACGAUCUCAUUGAAAGUUUCAAGGCUGGAAACCUCGAAAAGUCACCCGGCUGUAACUUGGAACAGACACUAGAAAACUCCAUCUCUGGUAUCCUGUCCAAGGUCAGACAACAGGCUGGUGACUACUGUAUCGACACACUGAGUCGCAACAAUGCUCCGCUCAUCAUGGCCAAGUCUGGCUCCAAAGGCUCAGAUAUUAACGUUGCCCAGAUGGUGGCUCUGGUCGGUCAGCAAAUUAUCGGUGGUCAGCGAGUUCCCGAUGGUUUCCAGGAUCGCAGUCUGCCGCAUUUCUUCAAGAAUGCCCGACAGCCCCCGUCCAAGGGUUUCGUCAAGAACAGUUUCUACACCGGUCUUUACCCCACAGAGUUUCUGUUUCACGCCAUUUCUGGUCGUGAAGGUCUGGUUGAUACUGCGGUCAAGACUGCCGAAACCGGUUACAUGUCGCGCCGAUUGAUGAAGUCUCUGGAGGAUCUUUCCACGCAAUACGACGAUACAGUUCGCACGUCUGGCGGCACAGUUGUUCAGUUCCAGUUUGGUGGUGAUCGGCUUGACCCUGUGGACAUGGAGGGCUCUGGUGCUCCAGUGCAAUUCGUUCGCACCUGGCGCCACGCCGAGAACACUACUUGGGACAAUGAGGAGACGGCGCUCACUCCGAAUGAGGCGCGCGAGCUGUGUGCCAACAUGCUGGUCGGCGAACGGAAACGAUUCCCCCGCAAGGGUCUCUUGCACGGCGAGGACCUCGACUACGAAGAUGUCAGCGACUAUGCAGUCGAUGAACACGAAGGAGCUAGAAAGUUUAUCACCGAGGUGGAGGACUUUGUCGGCGGCUUGACCAACAAGCUGGAGAGGGUCCGCGCUCUGGCAGGCCUUGCCGGUAGCGAAAAGACGCGAAGCAUAGCACAAGAUCAUGCCGAUCGCACAGCCAAAAUUACAGCCACAACGUUGCGACUCUUUAUCAAGCUGUGUCUACACAAGUACAAGAAGGCACAGGUUGAACCUGGCCAUGCGGUCGGUGCGGUCGGUGCGCAGUCCAUCGGUGAACCAGGUACCCAGAUGACCCUAAAGACUUUCCAUUUUGCUGGUGUCGCUGGUAUGAGUAUCACACAGGGUGUGCCUCGUAUCAAGGAAAUUAUCAACGCAUCCAAGGUCAUCAGCACACCUGUCAUUACCUGCCCCCUGAUGAACAACCGGCAGAUUGAGGCUGCCAAGGUUGUCAAGGCACGAAUUGAAAAGAUCUUUUUGCAGGAUGUGCUGCACUACAUUGAGGACGAGUGGCGGCCUGACGAAGGCAACGUGGUGGUGCAAGUGGACCGACAGGCGCUGGCGGACAUGCAUCUGGGCGUCGACAUUCACGACAUUGCGCAGUCCAUCUGCAAAGACCGCAAGAUGAAGAUUCAGGCCACCGACGUGGCCAUCAUCGGCGACCGCAUCUCCAUCCGCGUGCGCGACAACCUGAGUGUCGCGGCGAAGCGCACGACCCGCAGCAAAGGCACAGAGGACACCAGCGACAUGCUGCUGCGUGCCAACGCCCUCCGCCGCAUGCUGCCCGCGCUGCCGAUCUCUGGCUACCCCGACGCCGCGCGAGCGCUGAUCGAGACGUGCGAGGACAGCACCAACCGGGUGCUGGUCGAGGGCUACGGGUUCCAGGCGUGCAUGACGACCGAGGGCGUCAUCGGGACCCAGGUGCGCACCAACAGCGUCAUGGAGUGCAACGACGUGCUGGGCAUCGAGGCGGCGCGGACGACGAUUGCGUUUGAGAUUGAGCAGGUGAUGAAGUUCAUGGAGAUUGACCACCGCCACAUGCAGCUGCUGGCCGACGCCAUGACGUUCAAGGGCGAGAUCCUGGGCAUCACGCGCUUCGGCCUGUCCAAGAUGCGCGACAGCGUGCUGCACCUCGCGUCGUUUGAGAAGACGCCGGACCACCUGUUCGAGGCGGCCGCGGGCAUGAAGACGGACAAGAUUGAGGGCGUCAGCGAGGGCAUCAUCAUGGGCCAGGGCAUGGCCGUCGGCACCGGCGCGUUCCAGGUCGUCCGCCGGCUGGGCAUCGCGGCGGCGGACGUGGGGCAAAAGGACACGCUGUUUGAGGAUGCGUGGACGGCGGAGACGAAGAGACGGCGGAAGCACGUAUGA